CAGCACAGGAUGCUAUUGCGUGACCCUGCCUGUGAGCAAUCUCCCAACUCAUCUCUAUACUAUAAAUCAACCGACGAUUUGCGUUUAUUAAUAGACUUUGGUAUAGGGUUCAGUAGAAUAUCGACAGAUGGCGCUGACUGGAAGUUUAUCACUGAACGGCCGGCAGGACGAAUACCUUCAUUGUAUUUAUAUAUCGUGGCAGACGCCGUAGAAUUUCAUAUCCAACGGAAUUUUUGAGGAGAACAGAGGAGAAUGUGCACUGAUUGUGUUCCAAGAUGUAGUUAAAAUGAUACUGUACGCGAUUUAAGAAGAUUUUAAGACUAAUUUGGUGCCGUCUGAGUUUGUAGCAGAUAUUAGGAUAAACAGGGAGUCAAAACAAUUCCGGAGAAAUGGAUGACGAGGAGAGAAGAAGCCGCUCCGUUGAAGCCGGGAGAGAAAUGCUGGAGAAGUACAAGGCGGAGAGGUUUAAUCGAGUUCACGGAGCGAACAGUAAUCAUGGAGAUCAGUCCGAUGAGGAUUUUUCCAGAGACGAUAUAGACGUUAGUUCUCUCGACCAUCAAGGCUCGGGUAUGAUCGAAGGAAUGUCUUCUCGGGAUGUUACUCACAGCAGCAUUAGCGUCAGCGAAGGCGAAGGUGACGGUGACUUGGAAGGAAUGGCAAAGAGAGUCGCCGAACUGGAAGAACUCCUGCAAAACAAAGAAGCUAUGGUAGCGUCGUUGCAUGCUCAAAUCGAUCACCUGAGACUGGAAGCCUCUUCACCGAAUUCAUCCCAAAGUCACAGCAGUAUUCAAUAUAGAAAUGAAUUAAUGACCUAUAAGAGCAAGCUACAGGAAUUUGAGAAAGGGGUAUAUAAAAGAGACAGCUUAAUCGAGGAACUAACAGAAGCUUUAAAGCAAGCUUUAGAGUCCAGGGACAAGGUGCUUGAGCGAUUGAAUAAUCUAAAAGAUAAUCUAAAGGACAUGGAAGUUGCUAAUGAAGCUUCACAACAGCAGAUUUCUUCAUUGGAGGCUGCAAUGGCCAAACAGGAGCAGACUAUGAAAAUACUUAAUAAUGAACUAGUGCAAUCUCGAAAAAAGGUAGAAGAACUCGAAUUAGUAAAACAGACUCAGGCUACCGAGCUUGACGACUACAAACUUCAAGUGAACCAAUUAAACGAGCAAAUCCGUACUGGUGCCUUUGAAAGCAACUUUGAUAUACAACAGACCAUGGAACAGCAGAAGCAACAUGAAGCUCGUGUAGAUAGAAUCAAGAAAGAGAUGCAGAUGCUCACGGAGAAAUGUACUGAGCAAGCCAAGAUCGAAAAGUUUCGUCAUCAGGAUGAGUUGAAGGAAUUGCAAUCGAAGUAUGAAAAACAAUUGGAAGAAGAGAGAAAAUCUCUGAUGGGCCGGUUGAUUCGAGAGAUCUCGGAGUUGAAAAUGAGACAUUCCGUGGAGCUCUCCACACUCCAUGCAGAGUUUGAAUCCUGUAAGAAAUUCAGGGACGACGCUGAAGCACAGAGUCGCUACUUGCGAGCAGUUCAUGAAAAAGAACGUCAGGAGCUGCAGGAACAAGUGACUUCGUACAGAGCACAGAUUGAGGUUAUGACAUCGAAGUGUGUUGCUGCGACAACUGUAUUGGAUUCGAAGGAAAGCAUCGAACGUUCUCUGGAGGAGGCUCAAGCUGCAGCUGCUUUUCUUCGACAGGAGAACAGUACCUUGAAUUUCAAGUUAACUGACUUGACGGAGAGGUACAAAAGUGCUCAGUCUUUAAUUGAGAACAACCAGGUGCAGGAGAGGUCUUUGACUUCGAGGAUCCACGAUCUUGAAAAGUCUCUGUCUAGACUCAGUGGAGUAAGUACUCUGAGCGAACUGAAUGAGACCAGCUAUCAGUUUCUAGAUGAGCUUGCUCUGAAAAACGAGAUUACUCAGAAGAAGUUGACGGAGAAAGCGGAGUUCGAGAAACAGCUGAUUGAUAAGGUGGCUCAAUUGGAGGAAGAACUUCAAAGGACCAGGUCGGCGCUGGAGGAAGCCAACAUGACGAAGAGAUCGUAUGAAAAACAGCUGAAGGACAUGAGGAACACUUGUGACAAGUUGCGAUGUGAUGCCUUUUCUGCAAAGGAAGGCACCUCAGAAGCUCCUAAGUUCUUUCGGAGUUCUUUUUACUUUGGAACCGAUGAUGAGAGUGUAAAGCAGAACAGCAGAGGAAAUGAGGUAACGGAGGAGGUCUCUUUCCCCAGGGCAUUAACUGAUCUACCACAGGUAGAUUACAUUGAUGCCUUGGAGAAAGAGAUUGAAACAUUAAAGGGGAGUUUAAAGCAGAAGGAAGAUGAGGCGAAAGAACAGGAGAAACGAAUAAAGGAGCUCGCCGAGAGGCUGCAGUCCUCUGAAGAACAGCGCCACAUGUUGCAAGCUGGUCUCGCCGUUGCUUUAGAGCAGUGUUCCGAUGCUGAAGAAAGGUUAAGCAGGACUCUGGAGAACGAGAGCAGGAUGGAGCAGUCCUUCGCAGCAGAGGAGUGUAAAAUCAAAGAGAUAGAAGCGCGCCAUAUCAAGGAAAUGGACGAGCUAAGGACCUACUAUGAACAGAAGUGCAAAGAGAUACAGAAACAAUUCUCUGACGAGGUGUUUAGCCAGCAGUCAAAGAAGAUGUCAGAAGACAGCGACGGGGAAGACCUGCCAGAGGAUAUUUAUUAUGGUGGAGCUGGAGAUUGUCGGAGUACUUCACCAAGACACCCUUCACGAACGGUGACACCGGUUGGUUUUGGUAGUCAGAAAUCUAUGGGAGACGGCUCGGAGAGAACCAAUCAGGGCAACUUUGAACUUAGUCAGAAACUAGAAGACGUAAAGCAUGACGUUGAGCGCCAGGCACAGGAAAUACUGGAAAUGAAGGCAAAUUACGAAGCAAAGAUAGCGGAACAGAAAGCCUACUACGAGAGCCUAAUCUUAAACAUGAAGGAGAGAGGGAAUCGUGUAACCCUACUUAAAACGGUUAAUCAGGCUCUGCUGGCACUAAAUUCUAACGAGGAGGAGAACACCCCACAAGAGUUAAUCGAAUUGAGAGACAAGUUGACCAAUCAUGCUAUGCGUCAGAUUAGAGUUCUUGAACAAAACCAUGCCAAGGAGGUCCAUCAACUGAAGGAGGAACUCAGAAAAGUUUCGGCUGAACUUGAAAAUCAAAUUCAUCUGAGGAGAGAAGCCGAAACCCACAAGACACCUUCUGACAUUGCUUUGAUCCAGGAGAGGGAUAACCUGUACAAAACGUGCUCGACUUUGAAGGGUCUGGUCGGAGAGUUAAUCAAUUACUUUGCGGUGUGCGAAGAAGAGGUUAACAACACUCUAAUCAGCGAAGUUUUGAAGACUCAGUUAUCGAAGUCGGAAGCAAUCGAGGAGUCUCAGCAGGAGGAAACAGGCUUGGGCAGCGAAACCUUGGAAAUGAUUGAGUCGGAAUUGCAGAAUCGUCAUCAGAAGCCGGUGGAGUCCAGGAUCAAGAGGGUCCACUUUGCUCCACAGUCCAGCGACUUGACAUCUAUCUUGAAUUGCGAAGACAAUAGCAUGCAGAAUCUCAUCGGAGAGGACAGGAACAUCACGGAGACUCUGCGAAUGGAGCUGGACAGUUGUCUGCGUAGACUGCGUUCAGAAAGUGCUCAGGUUUUGGGAAUCUCUCUGCCUCCUGUAGAAACCAGGCAGGAUUCCUUCUCGAGGCAAGUGCUUCGAACCAACAGGAUCAAUGAGGAACUGACAGCGAAGUUGAAGGAAGCAGAGAGUAUGAUAAUGAGCUAUCGAGAGGAUUGCGAGCAACUUAAACUGAAAAUCUUGGACUUGCAGCAGCGACUCUUUAUAGCAGAAAGCAAGAAAGAAAUCAUAACCGAAGGGUACGGAGAGCAAGAAGAGGUUGGUGGAGAGGUUACGCUGCAGACUUUCUCCGAAGUCCAGGAUAAGGCUCGGCUGCUUUUAAGUAAUGGCGGAGGAGACAAUUCCCAGAUGUUCAAGUUGAUAGAGGAAUUCUGUAGAUACAGCGACAAACAGAUGGAGGAUGCCAAGAAGGAAAGGGAAGAUCUCCAACAGCAGGUUUCAUUAGAUCCCAUCCCUACCCCAUACAUUCACAGGGUAUGCCGUCGAAAGAUCGAGGCCGCGGACAAGCAAUUGCGAGCUACGAGGAAGUUCCUGGAGGAGCAAGCAACGGAACGCGAGGCCGAGCGAGACGAGGCGGCUCGCAGGAUAGAAUCUCUUCAGGAUGUCAUCAAGGAACGCGAAAGAGAGAAGGAACGAGAUUUGCGCAUCAGCUCCGAGCAGACCUCGCUAUCGCCUCUAUGGUCGUCCGACGUCGCCGUGGUUCGGUCCGUGGACUUCAGGGCAGCUGUGGAGGCACUCGAGUGCCAGCUGAGGGAAAUGUCGUCCUUGAGGUCGGAUGCCGAGGCCAAGAGGUGCGAGAUGGAGAACGAGCUGAAGGCGGUCAUGGAGAAGAUAUGCGACCUCAAGGACAUCAUCGCUGCCAGGGACGAGCAGAUCCAGGCAAAGGAGGAGAAGGAGGAGUUCCUGAUGAGGGAAAUCGAACAGCUGAGGGAAGUGAUCGCUGCCCAGUCCAAGAACCAGCAGGAGUUGGUGCAAGAGUUGGACGCCAUCAAGCUGGACGGCGAGAACGGCCAGCUGAACGAGCACAUCAGUCAUCUGCAAGAGGAGCUCAUGAAGCACAAGCUCAGCUCCGAGCACUUCAACGUCAACAGUUCGGCACUGAAGCAGAUGAAGCUGGAGAUCCGCGAGAUGCAGAGCCAACUGGACAGGAGGACCAAGGAGCUGGAGGCUUUGCACAUGUGCGGAUCCAGUCUGAGUCUCAGCCAGCCCAGCGAGGACGUGUCCAUCAGGGACCAGAUCGACGCCGUGAGGUGCCCCACCCCGGAUGAUCCUCAGGCUCCUCCUACUCUGCCCCUGGACCAGGUCCUGAAGCUCAAGGAGAAGCUCCAAAAGCACGCCCGAGCCGAGGAGGUCGCCUUCAAGAGGAUCAAGGACCUCGACAUGCAACUUGCCUCGCUGAAGAACCAAAACGAGGAGUUGCUGGCCGAGCAGGAGAUCCUGCAGCAGACCACCUCGGAACAGCUCUUCCAGAUAGAAUCCCUGAGGAGUCGCCUGGAGCAGCAGAAACAGAGCGCCCCCUUCGCUCAGAGACAAGCUACCUCGAGGUUGGAGCUGCAGCUGCACGAGUCCAACGCGAAGAUCCUUGCCAUGGAGCAGGUGCUCACCGAUAAAGAUUUGGAGCUGAAGGAGACGAGGAACCAGCUCGACAGAGUGAACAAGUUGCUGGCGGAGAAGGAGGCUGACAUCGCGAAAGUCGUUCAGACGGAGAGCGUGAUGAUACAGAAGCUGAAGGACCGCCUGGAGGUCCUGGAGGACGAGAAGAAAUUCCUGGAGUCGAAAGUUGUCGUUCAAGAGCGCGCCCACGUGGAGCUGCCGCAGCUGAUCGACACGAUGCUGGCCGACAAGAACGAGGAGAUCGACCACCUGAAGGACCAGCUCCUGAAGCGCGACAAGCAGCUCGAAGCUUAUCUUUCUCUUAAUUUGGACGACUGCCAGAUUCGGCAAGCCGAGCCGAAGAGCAGCGCCCGCACUCUGAGCGACAUUUUGUCGAUCAACUCCGAGUGCGAGGAACUGCCCGAAGCGAUUCGCGACGUCCCUAAUGGUACCCAAAUCACGCCUCAGAAUAUUUCCACCUUCCGUUCGCCCCAUUUCGUUCAGUUGAACGACACCCCCGAAGUGUCCCCCGCGUUCCCGGCCGAUGCCGAUAAAAUGGACGUCCAGGUGCCCAGACUGGAAUUAGGGAUGCAGUCUCAAAGCCCUUCGAUUUGUAGCCCCCGCGAGCUGCAGGACCCCACGAUUCCUGAGAUAAUAAUUCACAGCAACGCGGAGGUGACGUCGCCAGGAUCUGCGGGCGAGCAAACGUCUUCCGGAAGUAAAGUGCAGUGGGAGAAUGCGAGCGAUGGCAAAACCAGGGAACAUCUUCUGGAUGAUGUGGAGGACAGGGUGGAUGGGAACGGACAGAGUGGAGUAGAAGCGUCGGAUGCCGAAGAGAGCAAGGAGGGUGGUUCAAAGAAGGUUCUGGAGGAUUCCGGACGGACUAAGGAAAGCUUGAUGGAAACGGUGACCAGGAUGGAGGGCCAGCUAGCCAGGAUUACCGAGGAGCUGCACCUGAAGUCGGCAGAUCUGGAGAAGAGGGAGAGGGAGCUGGACCUGGUUAGGAACACCCUUGACGAACUCAGGGUCGAGCUGAGGACCCAGGUGGAGACCCUGACGAGGGAGAAGUGCUUCUACAAGAACCAGUACGAGCUUUCGCAGGCCUCAGAAGCCAAGAUCACGAUGGACCUGAUGGAAGUGGAGAACACCCUGAAGAUGAGGGACGAGGAGCUCGAGGAGUACCGGAGGAAGAUGCAGAUGAACGAGAGGAUCCUUACGGAGACCCGGGAGAGGGAGCAGAAGCAGAUAAAAGUCUUCGAGGCGACCGUCCAGGAGAAGUCGCAGGAGAUCAAGAACCUCCGGGAGAUCAUCUUCGAGAAGGACAUCACCAUCGAGACGAUGAAGACCAGGAAUCUGGAGAUCGAGAACGAGAAUAAACAGCUCUACGAGCAGAAGACCAAGUUCGAGCAGUACGGGAAGAAGUUCGCCGAGUACCAGGGCGAGAUCCAGAGGCUGACGGAGGGGUUGAACAACCGGGACCAGGUGAUCGGCAGACUGGAGGAGAUGGCGAGGCGGUCCAGCUUCUCGGGUGCCUCGUCACCGAGCGAGAACAAGGACCAGGAGAUCCAUCAUCUGCAGGAGUACCUGAAGGAGAAGGACAAGGUGAUCCGGCAGAUGAGCGACGACAGCAAGAGCUUGCACAGGGCAUUGGAGACCAUCCAGAACAAGAUGAAGGAGUCGGGCAACGUCGUAGAGCUGAGGAGGAAGCUGAAGGAGGAGAAGAAGCUCAACGCCGAGCUGAAGGAAGUCGUCCAGAAGCUUAGGAAGGAGCUGGAGGGCCUGGGGAACGAGCCUUGCCGUCAGUCGGAAGAGGGAACCGAGAUCGAGGAGAUGGUUCAGAGGGAACUCAAUUUGUCCGCUCGCUUGGACAAGAGGAUCAUGGAGGCCAUCGAGAGCGAGCCCGAGGACGGAUCAGCCAGACUAGUCGAGAUUCAUCAUGGUAACACCGUAAAUGGUCGAUCACCUAACCAGGAACAACAGGAGAACGUGAUUCAGAGGUACUCGGAGACGAGAAUCCGACUGAAGCAGGCGCUCAAAGUCAACGAAGAGCUCAACAAACUGAAGGACGACCUGGAAAUCGAGAAAGAGAUGCUACGGUCUCAGGUCGUCGAGUACGAGGAUCGGAUCUUGCAGAUCAAGUCGUUCUUGGACGAGGAGUGCAAGAAAGUGACGCACCUAGAUGAGGAGCUCUCCUCGGAGAAGAACGUGGUCCGCAACCUGAGGAUCCAGAUCCAGAGGGAGCAGAACGCGACUCACGUUUCUCAGGCCCAGAACUCCGAGCUCAUAGCUCACUUGAGAAGGAAACUGGAGGACUCUCUGAACGUGGAGGACAAGCUGAGGAAGGACCUGGCGACCAUGAGGCAGGAGCAGAAGAGCUUGGAGGCCCAGCUGAGCUCCGUCAGGGAGCACGUGCAGUCUCAGCAGGUGGAGGACGUCCCGAAAUUGUCGGAGCUUCUGAGAAGCGAGCAGAAGAAGUACGUGGCCCUUGUCGAGGAGGUCGAGAAGGAGCAGAGGAAGAGCUCGGAAUUGGAGCUGACCCUGAAGAGGACGGUGGCCGAGAAGAACAGGUGCGAGCAGAGGCUCGAGGUUGCCCUGGAGGAGAAGGAGAAGUUCAUCAGCAGCCUCGUCCUCGCCGAAGGGAUCAAGGAGCACUUGGAGACCGACCUGAAGAGGACCAAGGAGGAGCUGAAGAGCAGGGAGGACGAGUGCGAGUGGCUGCAGAAGAGGAUCGAGACCAUGACGAACGCGGAGACCAAGAGGCAGCAACAGAGGUCGAACGAGCACAACGAGCUAAAGAGCCUCAGAAGGGAGGUCGCCAAUUGUAGGGACGUCAUGUGCGACCUGGAGGCGGACAUGAAGCAGUCGAAGAAAGAGCUGGCCAAGGCCGUCGAGCAGAAGACUCAACUGGCCAGGUGCGUCGAAUUGCUGACCGAGAAGGAGUCGGAGCUCAACAGGAAGCUGGAGGCUGCCAGGAACGAGGAGAAGAGGCUCAAGGAGGUCAUCUCCGAUAUGCAGAACGACCUCAGAGCGAACAUCGAGAAGGAGUUGCAGCUUAACAACGAGCUGCAGCGAGAGAGGCUCUGCAGCGAGAACAACGCACCUGUGAAGUUUGUGCAGAAGAUCAAGGAGCUGAACGAGAUCGUGGAGAGGCUCUCCGGCGAGAAGAACGCCCUUAGGGAGAAACUAAUGAAGGCUCGCGAAGAGAGGGAACAAUUCGCCACCAGGACGAGGACCUUGGAGUCGGAGACUGCACAGAGAAACAAGGGCCCGCGCGGUAGGAGCGACGUUCCUCCAGGCGUCUUUGAAAACGUGCAGCACUUCUACGGGAAGCACCUGCGCGCUGAGAGCAGACGCAAGGCCCUGAAGUUCCAGAAGAGGUACCUGAUCUGCGUGCUCGGCGGGUACGAGAUAUCCGAAGAGCUCACCCUCUGCACUCUGGCCCAGCUGACUCACACGCAGAGGGCCUGCACCAUAGUCAACGGAAACCGGAAGAACCCUCGGCUUCGAUUCAGGAAGGCGGUCUUGGUCCUCGUCAGCAUCAGGCGGAUGAAGUGGCUCGUCCUGAGAUGGCGAACCGGCUACAGGAUCGGCGCAAACGCCGUCCUGGGGAACGCAGAGCAGUUCGUACCCCUGCGAAGACACGCGCCUAAUCAUUCGCCACCUGUUAGGGACACGGUUACCAGUCGCAACGACCUCGGGAACGCGUUGUCCAGCCAGCCGCCCAGCUUGUCGCCCGGUCAGGGGAAUCUAGACCUGGGGCAAUACCGACAGAGAUUCUUGCACAUCGAGAGGACCCUCAACAUGGCCAUGGCCGAUGCCGGUUCUCGACAACUACCGGAAUAACGUUUCCUCUUCGACCUCGAGUCUUCAUCUACCUUGAUUGGCGCGGCAUGAAGGACGCCUCUUGGGAAGCGUCGAUUAUGUCUCGCCUAAAUGUGCCGCCAGGAGUGAUGGCGCACGUGGGAUUGCCGUUUCCAUCCGACGCCGACGUCGAUUCCGGUCAGCUCGGAGCGUCGAUGGAGAUCGAUUGAACUGGGCAUUUUAUCUAGGGGACUUUUUUCAUCCCGACGACAUAUCUAGCUAGGACGCAUUUAACGGGUUGCAUUUAUUAGGGACCCUGGAAAAAUUCAAGGGGGGUCUGCUCCAGGAGGUGGACUCCCUUGGGUGCUGCGACCUGCAUUUUUAUCUCGUCUGUCAGUUAUCGUGACCUGUGUGUAUAUAUAGAUCUUUGCGGAAUUAGAGGUGCACGGGAACAUUAUCUUUGACUGCUUCCCGAAGGAAUGUUCUCGACGUUUUUCAUUUUUUAUUGUUUUUCUUCCUUUUUUUAAAUGUAGGAUUAAGGUUCUUCACCCUCUCGGUCCUUGUUAGGGAGUUACCCCGAGGCUGGUGCUCGGAUGUGUUUUUAGAAUUCAUCGAUAAAUGUUUAAUCGCGACCUCGUUUAACUCAUUCUUCCCCACUUCGCCGUUUAGCCAAAGACUGCCUUGCUGAGUAUUUUUCAUUUUUAUCCGAUUCUUUCUCGGUUUUUUUAAUCUUCAUUAGGCUAGUUUACUGCUGCGAUUAAGUUUGAGAUUAAGGACCAGGAUGAGAGAGAGGGAGGAAAGAACGUAUACGUGUGCCUUGUAAAUCGUAAUACAUAUUUUCUAUUUAUUAUCGAAGUGAAUGUUCUUUUAUAUAUUUGUGAAUAAAAUUGCCGAGAUGCCUCUGGA